UUUUUUCCAGACAAAGAUUUCCAUUUGUAGCAAGCAAACACAUCCUCCUGAGCCGAUCUGAUUUGAGCCGCUAACUUUUGGCAGUUUCCCUUGAAAUAUCUGCAAAGUGCAAACGGUUACUUGCUGCCACGUUUAUUACAGGAAACAGCUUGAAGUGAAGAGUAGAGUAAUAAUUGAGUAGUAAAACGCUAACAGUUGAGGAGAGCAGAAAAUGGGCAACUCUCAAUCGUCUUCCACGAAUCCGCGAUUUGCUUUAGCAAAGAGAGCGUUCACCGAGAAGAAACUGGAAGACCUGAAAUCGAUGUUCGAUUCACUAGCUGCACAAUCUCAAAGCAAUGGAAAUUACAUUUCUCCUUCUGUUUUCAAGGGUUAUAUUGGAGUUGAAGGGCCGUUGGGUGAUAGAAUGUUCGAUUUGGUCACUCAGAAACGUAAGGAUCAAAAACUUACAUUUGAAGACCUUGUGAUUGCUAAAGGAACCUAUGAAAAAGGGACAAACAACGAUAUUGAAGAGUUUAUCUAUCAGUUGUUAGAUGUCUUUGAUGAUGGCAUUGUUGGAAGAUCUGAUCUUGAAGCUGUCUUGACUGCAGUACUCAGAAAUAUAUCUUCUCAUGAGAACCAUCCAUCUGAACCUAGUUCAGAGAGGGAAGUUCUUGAUAUUUUCCUCAAUGCCGCAAAUUUAACAACGGAUGAUAAACAAUGCGCUGAAAGUUAUAUUUCUUUUGAGGAAUUUAGAAGUUGGUGUGCCCGUCUUCCAUCAGUAAGGAAGUUUCUUGGAAGUCUGUUGUCUCCACGUGAUUCAGGCUCUGAAGUUCCUAUCCUAAUAUACCCGGAAAGUAUUGAUCCUGCUGUACUAUUGUUAAGAAAGGAAUAUGCUUGGCAUAUAGGGGGGGCCCUCCCACAAGACGAGCUGCAUGAAUGGAGACUUUUGUAUCACAGUACAGUACAUGGUCUAAGUUUCAAUACAUUCCUGGGAAAAAUUUCAGAUGACAAAGGACCAGCUUUAUUGAUAAUAAAAGACAAAGAAGGCUAUAUUUAUGGAGGUUAUGCUUCUCAACCAUGGGAGAAGCAUGCUGACUUUUAUGGGGACAUGAAGUCUUUCCUCUUCCAGCUAUACCCGAAGACAUCAGUUUACCGUCCUACUGGAGCGAACACUAAUUUACAGUGGUGUGCUAUAAAUUUUAGUUCUGAGAGCAUCCCCAAUGGCAUUGGUUUUGGAGGACGAGUGCACCACUUCGGCUUGUUCAUCUCAGCUAACUUUGACCAGGGGCAUACUUUCACCUGCACUACCUUUGGCAGUCCUAGCUUAUCAAAGACCAACCAGAUCUUCCCAGAAGUGAUAGAAUGCUGGGGAGUUGCAAUAAAAAGAGCUCAAGACGAUAAUCAUGAUCGACUUAAAGGUACUGUGUUAGACAGAUUUAAAGAGGACCGCCAUAUGCUCAACAUGGUUGGGCUUGCCAAUUCAAGUCAGUGAUGUGCCUACGUCCCCUCAUAUACAUAUUUGAAGUUGAGACACUCGUUACUUCUGCUCAAUUAGCGUGGUUUCGCUUGCAUAUUCGAGAGUUUAUCAUCUUGCAUGUAGUUUAAUUAUAUAUUGUGUUAUAUUGAUAGAUGUGUUAUCCUGUGAAAUAAAACAUCAUGUUUUACUUGAUAGCAUCUCAAAAUGUAACACUCUUUCUUCAGGUGCUUUCGGCAGUUAAAUGCCUUAUACAGUUAUACUAUUGCCCAAGUAGUUGGUUGAGCCUCGAGGGAUAGGCAAGUGUAACAAAGGAACAAAUUCAUUUGAUAUCAUACAUGUAUUUCUACA